UUGUUUUCUUGAAUCAUUGAGUAAACGAAAAAUGGCGUAGUUCAGCCGGUAGAUUGUCCGACAACUCUGCUUUGAUUAAUUAUUUCAUCAUCCACAUGAUAAUUACAAUUAAAUUGUUUAAAUAAUGGCUCUGCAACUAUUGUCAUCGGCUAAUAAAUUGGAAAAACUUUUAUUUAAAUCAUUCAGAAAUGGUCGACUGGAUCGUGUUCAACUGUCGCGAACAUUAUCAUUUCUUAAAAACAGCCCUAAAUUAUUAAAUCUUGAGCAGACUGUAGAAAAACAAUGGAGAUUGUUAGCAGAAAAAUCGCCACAAGGCUUUGAAAAAUUUUUUAAACCAAAAUCGAAGGAAACUCCAAAAUCUGCAGACAGUCAAGCAAAACCUUCCGAUGCUUCGCCACCACCACCUCCUCCACCUCGUCAAGAUCCAUUCCAAGAUUAUAUAUCAGGAAUUUUUGGAUCUGGCGCAAAAGGAGGUCCUAGUGGAGGUGGUAAGACACCCAUGGAUGGAAAUGAAAGUAGCAAAUGGAUAGUUGCUGGUCUUGUUGGAGCUUUAGGAAUUCUUGCAAUGAUGAUGUAUUUUGAAGUCAAUGCUAAAGAAAUUACUUGGCAAGAAUUUGUAUACAAUUAUCUGGAGAAAGGAUACGUUGAGAAAUUAGAGGUUGUGAAUAAAAAAUGGGUGCGAGUGAGAUUAUUGCCAGGCCACACUGUUGAUGGAUCGAAUAUAUUGUGGUUUAAUAUUGGUAGUGCAGAGACUUUUGAAAGAAAUUUAGAGAAUGCUCAGCUUGAAUUAAAUAUUGAACCCCACAAACAUCUUCCAGUUGUGUAUAAAACAGAAGUAGAAAUGGGAACAGUCAUAUCAUAUUUACCAACUUUGGUAAUGAUAGGAACUGUGAUUUAUUUCAUGCGGCGUUCAGUUUCAUUUAUGGGUAGUGGAAAAAAUAGAACAUCAGGUUUAUUUGGUGGAGUAAUGCAGUCUACUGCAAAAUUAAUAAAUUCUAGUGAAAUUGGAGUACGAUUUAAAGAUGUAGCAGGCUGUGAAGAGGCAAAAAUAGAAAUUAUGGAGUUUGUGAAUUUCUUAAAAAAUCCUCAACAAUAUAUUGACCUUGGUGCUAAAAUUCCUAAAGGCGCAAUGCUUACAGGGCCUCCCGGAACGGGAAAAACACUGUUAGCAAAAGCAACAGCAGGAGAAGCAAAUGUUCCAUUUAUUUCCGUUUCUGGAUCAGAAUUUCUUGAAAUGUUUGUUGGUGUUGGUCCUUCCAGAGUAAGAGACAUGUUUACAAUGGCACGCAAACAUGCUCCUUGUAUAUUGUUUAUUGAUGAAAUCGAUGCUGUUGGUAGAAAGCGUGGUGGAAGAAGUUUUUCAAGUCAUUCCGAGCAAGAAAAUACAUUAAAUCAGCUUUUAGUAGAAAUGGAUGGCUUCAACACGACGACAAAUGUCGUAGUAUUAGCAGCUACAAAUAGAAUUGAUAUCCUUGAUAAAGCUUUACUGCGACCUGGUAGAUUUGAUAGACAAAUAUUUGUCCCAGCACCAGACAUCAAAGGACGUGCAUCAAUAUUUAAGGUUCACUUAAAACCCUUGAAAACAAAUUUAAACAAAGAAGAUUUAGCUCGUAAAAUGGCAUCUUUAACUCCUGGAAUGACAGGCGCUGAUAUUGCAAAUGUUUGCAAUGAAGCAGCUCUUAUUGCAGCAAGAGACUUAUUAAACAACAUUGAAAUGAAACAUUUUGAAGCAGCUAUCGAUCGAGUCGUAGCUGGUAUGGAGAAAAAAACUAAUGUAUUACAACCAGAAGAGAAAAAAACUGUUGCUUAUCAUGAAGCUGGUCAUGCAGUGUCUGGAUGGUAUUUAGAACACGCAGAUCCAAUUCUGAAGGUAUCAAUUAUUCCUCGCGGAAAAGGUUUAGGAUAUGCACAAUACUUGCCACGAGAACAGUAUCUUUAUUCGACUGAACAAUUAUUCGAUCGAAUGUGUAUGACCUUAGGUGGCCGAAUAGCAGAGCAAAUAUUUUUCAACAGAAUAACGACAGGAGCUCAAGAUGAUUUACAAAAAAUUACUAAAAUAGCUUAUUCACAAAUUACGGUCUAUGGAAUGAAUGAUAAAAUAGGCAACAUCAGUUUUGAUCAACCACAGCCUGGAGAUAUGGUACUUGACAAACCGUAUUCAGAAUAUACGGCACAGUUAAUUGAUCAAGAGGUUAGAGAUCUCGUUAAAAAAGCAUACGACCGUACGUUUGCAUUGUUGACGAAGCACAAGGAAGAUGUAAUUAAGGUUGCUGAAAGAUUAUUAGCAAAAGAAAUAUUGAGCAGAGACGAUAUGAUUGAACUGCUUGGUCCUAGACCAUUCCCUGAAAAAUCUACAUAUGAACAAUUUGUUGAAGGUACUGGUUCCUUUGAGGAAGAUACGUCGUUACCUGAAGGUCUUAAAGAUUGGAAUGUAUCAAAAGGGAGUGAUGCAAACAAAAAUGAAACAGACACCAAAAGUAGUAAAUCUAAUGAUUCAAAAACAUCGGAUAAACCGAAAUUAGAGAAAGAAAAGUCACAAGGAGCUCUAUAAAUCAUUUAUAAAUUUUUUUUUAAAUAGGCCAUAGUCAUUUUCGUGUACUUCACUCGUAUUUUGUAUUAUAGCUUGAAAUAUAUAACACAAUUAACGACUAUUUUAUAUUCUAAUUGUGAAAUGAUUAAUUAUUUAUUAUACAUUAACGUUUAUAUUAUACUGCUACAAAAGAGAAUAAAUUUUAUGAAAAAUAA